UCCGGGCCGCGCCUGCCCCGUACCGCGCACGGCGGGGGGGCGGCCGAGCCCGCCCCCUGCGCCCGCCGGGCCGCGCUCGCCGCUGUCCCCGCCUGCCUCCGCCUCCAGCUCCGCCCGGGCGCUGGGAGCGGCGGCAACUUCCCCUCAAGUCCGCCCGGCGGCUGGGGGACGAUGCGACCCAGCUGAGCGCGGCCCGAGAGGGGCGGGCGCGCCGAGGAGAGGCAGCGUCGGCAGCAGCGGCAGCCCCGCCGCCCUAGUCUGAGUAGCCCGGCAGCCGCCCGCCUCAGCCCCCUGCCCUUCCCCGGUCGGGGCGGGAGCCGCCGCGGCCGUCCCAUGUCCCGCAAGGCCAGCGAUAAUGUGGAAUACACGCUGCGGAGCCUGAGCAACCUGAUGGGCGAGAAGAGGCGGCGGCAGGCGGACGGGGCCGCCGGCUCGGGCGCGGCGGCGGGCGAGCGGAGCCUCAUCGCCGCCGAGUCCUGUUCCAGCCUCAACAGCGCGGCGUCGGGCGGAGAGCUGGAGCGGGCGGCGCGGCGCCAGUUCCAGCAGGACGAGACCCCCGGCUUCGUCUACGUGGUGUCGGUCUUCUCCGCCCUGGGGGGCUUCCUCUUCGGCUACGACACCGGCGUGGUGUCGGGGGCCCUGCUCCUCCUCAAGAGGGAGCUCAACCUGGACGCGCUCUGGCAGGAGCUGCUCGUCUCCAGCACGGUGGGCGCCGCCGCCCUGUCCGCCCUGGCCGGCGGCGUCCUGAACGGGCUGUGCGGCCGGCGGCCCUGCAUCCUGCUGGCCAGCGGCCUCUUCACGGCGGGGUCCGGCGUGCUGGCCGCCGCCCGGGACAAGGAGACGCUGCUGGCGGGACGCGUGGUGGUGGGGCUGGGCAUCGGUGUAGCAUCUAUGACUGUGCCAGUGUACAUCGCAGAAGUGGCUCCGCCGCACUUACGAGGCAGAUUAGUCACCAUUAACACUCUCUUCAUCACUGGAGGGCAGUUUUUCGCAAGUGUUAUUGAUGGAAUCUUCAGCUACCUCGCGAAGGAUGGAUGGAGGUACAUGCUGGGCCUGUCAGCUGUACCAGCAGUUAUACAGUUUCUUGGAUUCCUAUUUCUUCCCGAAAGUCCCCGCUGGCUCAUUCAGAAAGGCCAGACUCAGAGAGCACGGAGAAUUUUGUCUCAAAUGCGUGGCAACCAGGCAAUUGAUGAAGAGUAUGACAGUAUCAAAAACAACAUUGAAGAAGAAGAAAAAGAAGUUGGAGCAGCUGGACCUGUGAUCUGCAGAAUGCUAACAUACCCUCCAACUCGAAGAGCCUUAAUUGUGGGUUGUGGUCUGCAGAUGUUUCAACAACUGUCAGGGAUUAACACCGUCAUGUACUACAGUGCUACCAUUUUGCAGAUGUCAGGAGUGGAAGAUGACAGGCUUGCAAUCUGGCUGGCUGCACUGACAGCAUUUAUAAACUUCAUUUUUACUCUUGUGGGAGUCUGGCUUGUUGAAAGAAUGGGUCGCCGGAAACUUACGCUUGGUAGCUUAACAGGUACUGCUGUAGCACUCAUUAUCCUAGCUUCGGGAUUUUUGCUAUCAGCUCAGGUGUCGCCAAGAAUCACACUUAAUCCACCAGAUCCUUCGCAUCAAAACUCUACCUGCACAAAAUACAGUUAUUGCAAUGGAUGUAUGUUAGAUCCAGACUGUGGUCUCUGCUACAAAUUGAGUAACUCAAGUGUUGUUGAGUCCUCAUGCAUUCCUGUUGAUAAAGAUUCUACAAUGAAAGCAGCUUGGGGCAGGUGUUCAAAUGAAACCGUAUUCAAAAAGGAAGAUUUAUUUUGGGCAUACAAUUUCUGUCCCACUCCGUACUCUUGGACAGCACUUCUGGGCCUUAUUUUGUAUUUGGUUUUUUUUGCACCUGGGAUGGGUCCUAUGCCCUGGACUGUCAAUUCUGAAAUUUAUCCACUUUGGGCUAGAAGUACAGGAAAUGCGUGUUCUUCUGGAGUCAACUGGGUUUUCAAUGUGCUCGUGUCACUGACAUUUCUGCAUGCAGCUGAAUAUCUGACAUACUAUGGAGCCUUCUUCCUCUACGCAGGGUUUGCUGCCUUGGGACUGGUUUUCAUCUACGGCUGCCUUCCUGAGACUAAAGGGAAAAAACUGGAAGAAAUUGAAUCUUUGUUUGAAAACAGGCUAUGUACAUGUGGUAUGUCAGAUUCUGAUGAAGGAAGGUAUAUCGAGUAUAUUCGGGUGAAGGGAAGUAAUUACCAUCUUUCUGACAAUGAUGCUUCUGAUGUGGAAUAAUUUUCAGCUGCUGAUGUAUUUAAUCAUUUAAAAGCCUUCUGGGGGAAAAGCAGCUCUCUGAUGACCUCACUGCCCUGCUUCUGGUCUGGUUCUCCUUUCUACUGUGUAUUUAAAAAUGCCUUCAUGUUCAAUGCUCCAUUUGGGAGAAAAUUCUAGAUGCUAGCAUUUUCUUGAUAACUAAAAGCAAUGGCUUCCAAAAGAGAUUGAAUUCCACAAUUAUGUGACUUCACCGAGUGUGUGUGACACUGCUCCAUCCCCAGAUGUUUAAUAGGGUGCACUGUACCAGAUGAAUACAGAAGGCUAUCCGAGAUGGUCGGGGGUUGUCCUUAUCUGCAAUACUGACAAAACCUAAAAUAGUCGAGUGGCUGAUGAGAAAGCAGCUGGCAGGUAUCGGAUCCCCAUCCCACAGGAGCCAAGGAAGAAGCUCUGCUGUGCAGUAUAGCAAAGGAUAAAUGCAUAAGCUGCUGUAGCAGUAACCAUAUCAUAGGGUUAACUGAUCAGCAAAAUACAAAUACCUGCUGUAGCUAUCAGUGGGACAGUUCCCAAAUUUACCCAAAGACAAUUUACAUUAUUUAUUUGAGAUAGCAAGUAGAGAGCCAUACUCACUUUGAUGGGGGUUCACUAGGGUGGUGUGUGUCUGUGCUACACCGGGUUAUCCACCCACGACUACUCCUGAGUACACGUUGCAGCUGGGAGUUCAUGUUUGUGAGAAAAACUGGCAAAAUUAAUUAUUGAUAGCAGGAAAACAGCUCAGUAUGUGGCUGCACUUACAAAUGUACUGGUAUAUAUUGCUAGGUACAACAUAGAGGUUUCAGUUUAAAAAAAAAUUGUAUUUGUUUUCCUUUUUAGCGUUAGAGCAUACUGGUUUGUGCCUAGUUUUGAACACAAAAAUACCAUUAGCUAAAAGAAAGAGAAGGAGGGGAGAGGGUUUGUGCUGCUAAAUGCACAGUGGUCAUCCCUCCUGUGCCUUUUGCUUGUGAAUAAUAAUUAUUGCCUUCAGUUUAUCUCCAUAUGUGCUGAGCAAAUUACUCCCAGCACAUUUUUCUUCAAAUUUUCUUAGUCAGUUUUGGUGUGUUGCUGGAUCUAAAGAGAAACAUUAGCCAUGGGCAGAAGCCUGCGUCUCAUAUUAAUUGCCUUACCAAAGCAUUGCAAACUUGUCAAGAAAAUGUCAGGCACAAAACUAACUUGGCUGCCUUUAGCAUGGUAAUGAAAAUAUGAAUGGUAUUUUAUUCGCCUGCCAUGAUUGCUUCCCUUGGCAAAUUGAAUUUUAUGCAGCUACAUAAAAAUAUUAUGGUUUUUUUUCCUUUGUCCUGUCCUCACUGCUUUAAGUCUUCAAAGAUAUGAGUUUGAAAGCAUCAAUAAUUCAAAUUCUUAUCUUUGAAACAUUUGCUUCAUGAAAGAAUGUGGAAAAAUUCCUCUGCCUGUGGGCUGAUGCCCAUUUAUUUGGUAAAAAAUAUGUUUUUCAUUGUGUAAAGAUUAAAGAAGUCAUUAGGUUCAUUAGCUUUUAUAGAUUUGGUUUGUGGGUUUUUCUUAGGUUGAAAAAUAUUUUCAAUGUUGGAUUGCUAUCAAAACCAAGCCUGAACAUUUGUUACUAAAUUACUGGAUAACAUAGGAUUUUGUUGUUGUAAAGAAGUCUGACAUUAUGUUAUCUAAUCUUCUGGGGGGGGGGGGGAGUUCGUAUCCUCCAAUUAUUGACCUUCAGGGAUUGGGUGUGUUUUGAUUUCUUUUCUUUUCUCUUUUUUUGUUAAUCAGAGAAAUAUUUUUGGAAAGAAAACAUUUUAAGAACUCCUUCUGUGACUUGACUGGGGCUAAGAGGGAAAAACAUAGUAGACAGAGGGAAUUUCAAAUUAAUCUUUGCAAAGAGCAGCUCGACCUUGAACGUCUCCUGUGUGGUGAGAGGGCUGGAUUCUUACGCCUUCCAUUUUGCCUCCCUUUUAAGCGCACAAUAUUUUUAUGCUUGAAAGCACCAGCUGUAGAAAAUGCUGAGGUCUCCAGAUCUAUCUGUUGAAAGUGCUGAGGUCCUCAGACCUCCCUACAAAUUCCCCUGCUGUGGGAUGUCUCCCUUUGGCUGUCACCUCUUUGAAGCCUUCACUGAAGGUGCAGUAUCUGAAAUGAGAAAAAGAGAUACUUGGCACAGAGAAGAACAAAAUCUUUUCAAGGAGACAUUAACCUUUUUCUGAAACCAAAAAAUUGUGUUUGAAGCCCAGUAUUGGAUGCAGUUUUGUUACCUAGAGCAGUGUGUGAAUAGGUGUGUAACAGCCAACCUGUGCUUACGCACUUGAGAGGUUUAAGUGGCUAUUUUCUGGCUUCCGGGAUGGGGGACUUAGGGUUCUGAUGGUCCCAAAAGCAUGAGCCCACACUCACCUUCACACCUGGGAGCAUUCCCUUGCUUGGUGUGUUUUACUGGAGCAGGAGCAAGGCAGGACCUGGUGUUCCUGCCCCGUGUCAGUGCUCACCUUGUGUCCAUAGGGAGAGGGAACGCUGCAGGUAUGGGCAUAACUGAAGUGGAGCUGCUGGAAAGGUCACUGGCAUGGGGUCAGCAGCCUCUUCUCUUUUGCAGGCAGUGCUGGGGCUUUUUAGCAGCAGCAGAUCAUCUCUCUCUGCCAGCCUUGUUUCGUGGACCUUCCCAAAGGGGCGCUCAGUCGUGUACAGCACUGGGCUCAUUUUCUCACGCAGGUUCUGUCUUACUGAAAAUGGUUUUCUGAAGGUUUGUAUCCCCUGUCCUUUCUCACAAGACACAGCAAUUGAAACAUGCAUUUUAUUCCUCACUGCUACUGGUCAUGAGGAUACAAAAUACAUUGGAUUCUUUAUUGUCCCUCCCUGUUCUGCGCCCACGGAGAGCAGGGUUUAAGUCUUCCUUUUAGGGUUUCUUCACACCAAGACAGCAUUCCAUACUUUACAAACACUGAACAUAAACCAAGAAUCACGUGUAUUAAAAAUUAUAUCAGAUACUUCGAAUUAAUCUUACACAGUUAAGGUUUUAUUUUUAGAAUCUGUGAGCAUUUAGAGUUUAUGAAGAAAAUUAGAAAUAUAUAUCUAUUUUGCAAAUAUUUUUUAUAUUUAUUAGUAUUUUAAGUUUUAAGAGAUUUUUUCUAAAGGUAGAUUUAGUAACAUUCCAGAUAAAAGAAUAAAAAUACAGUGUAACCCAAUAAUUUCUUACUACAAGAUUUUAAUUUAUGAAGUAGCAUAAAUAAUAUGUCUAAGCACAAUAUUCUUUUAUUGAAAGCUUUUUGUAGAAGAUGUGAAAUUGUUUCUUCACAAGGACUGCAGACUUAAUUCAGGUAUUCUGUGUAUCAGGAAUGCUAGAGUAAUACUUCUGGUAGAUGAUUAUACACAACAAUUGGAGAUCUUCUAGUUCUGAAUUAUCUACCAACUCUACAUGUAGUGAGCUAACACCAAGUAUAAAAGAAACAGUCCUGAUAGAUUUUUAAUAUUUUUAAAUUUAAUUCAUGUUAAUUUGCAUAUAGUUGUUUGUUCACCAUGCUGAGUAAUUUGAGAUAAUUUGGCACUUUUCUUCCCCUUUGUCACUUUGUUGAUCAAAAUAAUAUUUUAACAAAGGAACCAAACCUGUUUUGAAAAUAGAGUCAAAGCAAGCCCAGGAAUCAUUUGGAGGGCUGGAGUUGCAUUGCUGUGUGGGCACCUUGGAUCGGUCACUCUUGUAGACAUUUCCUUGGGAGGUGCAGUGACAACUCCGGCAGAAAUCAUGGGGCAAGAAAGGGUAAAUCACAAAGGACCAUUGCUCCAACACUAACUUAUUGUUGCAUGGGUUGAUAAUGCUGCAUUUCACUCGGGUAGGAGUUAGGGCUGGGACAGGAGAAGAAGGAAAUGAUGCAUCAAAAGCACCACAAAGUCAAAUUUCAGUAGGAAUGGGUGUUGUAGCCAUGCUCUGACUUCUCUCCCUUGUGGGGAUGAGGAUGCUGUGCUUGGUCCUGUGGAUAGGAAUGGAGGGCUGUCAGGGGAAGAAGCAAUCUGGUCUUGCUCUCCCAUGCCUGUGUGGAGGUGAGGAUGUGGCAAUGGAGUUGGCAAAGCUAGUAUGUUCUUCCUCGGUGAAAUCUCUUUUGCCAUUCGUAGUCACUUGAGCUGAGCACGGGGGAGAAGUUUUGACCUUCAGGGGCUGCUAAAGGCUUUGAGCAAAGGUCUUGCCUUAGGCCAUGGGAGUAUUGGGUGUAGUUCCACAGGCAUUCAGUGGGCAAGGAAAAGACAGACCCUGUACUUCUCUGCUUUUUACCCAGCUUUCUACUUCUCGUUGAUGCUCUUCUAACGUGGUUGUUUUGAAAUUUUACUUGCAUAAGGGGCUUUGUUGGCUGAACAGCACUACUGCAAAAGAGGCAGAAUAUUUACAGCAGAGAAUGACCUUGGGGUAUAAAUCAGGGCAGAAGAGACAGUUCUGCAAAGCACUUUAAUGAGUAAGAUAUGUGUGCACUAUUUUCUGAGAGAAUCAAGCUAACCAAACCCAUUCCUCUGCAUUGGGAAGAAAAUCAAGCUUUGUGUACCAGGCCAGAAGCAGAUAAUGCCACAAUAUGUGCUUUAUGGCAAAAUGUGUUUUUAUUGCGGGUAACAUUUACAGCUUACAUGUAGCUGCUGCCUAUAAAGUGACUCAAUUGUUCUCUGGAUUUUAAGAAGUCAUACUUUUGUGCAAAAAUCUUAGUGGUUUUCUAUCAAUCUUCAUCACCUUGUGUACAGUACAGUUAAGCAUAAUCCACAAGUGGUCUAGAUUGUGGCAGUGUUACAAAUGUCAGCACAGUAAAAUUCUAGGUGAACAUUGUUAAAGAAAUAUUGUUGUUUGUGAUACUGGGGGUUAAAAUUCCUCAAAGGCAACUAUAUAUAUAGAUUUUAAAAGUCUGAAAACAAAAAGGCAGUUCUUAUCUAUUUUGUGUAUGUUUUCAUAUAGAGAAGGAGUUUUUUAUGUGCCAAUAACCAUCACUGUAGUGUUUUGUAAAUGGGUGUUAAUAGUGUUGCAGAGUUCUGUAUAUGAGAAUAUACUUUAGCCACAAAGACCUGUUAGUGUGAACCAGCGGCAUGUUUUUAAUCUUACUCACACCUCUCAUCAGAGGUGCUCACUUGUUGGCUUCAGUAGAGCUCACUCAUGCCAGGGGAAGUUUGACAAGAGUCAGGCCUCAAGAAUACAGACUUCAUCUAAAUCCAUGCUUUUUCACAUUGUCCCUAGAUAGUAUGUUACAUGUGAAUGAUCUGCCACAUGUAAUUUUAAGGCUUCAACUCCAGUUCAGUUGCUUCUUGAUUUUGUUGAGAAAAAUUUUGUCCGAAUUUGCUUUGGCCUUUCAUCCCAUUUAUAUAAAUAAGGAGCAUACUGAUGAAUUAUGACUAUUGUCCACCUAUUUGUAAAGGAACCAUCUGUUUCUGAAGUGUUAAAAUAAAGGCAAAUUUCUCUGGCUGCCUUAAACAUUACACAGACUUCAGAGAGGACUGAAUGUAUGACCAUCAUCGUGACUUCUGCAGGAGAAGCUUCAUGGAUCCUCAGCAGGUAUGAAACGAGAUGGUUUCAUGGUGCUGGGAUGCUGUGUUACACUGCGGGCCCUGCCUAGUGCACGCCUGCCAUCUGUUUGAUUUCAAGUGUUCCAACAGUCCCCGUGAAACUGAUAGGAUUAUUCAUGUGCUUGAUACUCUCCAUGUGCUCAGUGUCCUGCUGGUCCGGGACGUCGCUGGGAAGUGGCACGAGUCAUGUCUCUGCUUUCCAUUGUGAAUCUCACUCCUCUACAAAAUGGUUAACUGGAUCUUUGUGUGACAAAUGCUGUGUAGAAUAUUCGAGACAUUAUUGGGGACCAAGUUGAUAGUAAUAAUUCCAUGCUGAAUAAUGUGCACAUGGUGCCAUCAGGCACACUGUAAUCCCUGGGCACGGGUUAUGGUAUUUAGUACAAAACAGGUUUUGGCAAAACAAUUUGCUAGGUCGUCCAAGUCAUUUCUUAACCAUGUCAAACAUGUGCCAUUUCCAUUUCCAACCAGUCAAGCCUAUAAUGUAUGAAAGUGUUGUACAUUUUCUGAAACUUAAGUGAUGUAAAAUUAUUUAAUUGACUUAUGAUUGCUUUAAUGAAGUUUGUCUUUACAUAAAAAUAAAUAUCUUCAAAGAACUGUCAGUGCCAGAAGUGUAAAUGAACAAAAUAAAAGGUGAGAUACUUA